GUAAAUCUGAUAAUAAAACAAAAACAAAUAAAAAUAAUACUAAUAAUGAAAUUGCUGAUAUUAAAAAAAUUAUCAUAGAAUCAUUAAAAAAUAAAGAAAAUGAAAUAUCUAAUUUAAAAUCUAAUAUUAAUGAAUUGAUAUCUAAAAAUAAUAAAUUAGAAGAAGAAAAUAAAAUAUUAAAAAAAAUAUUGAAGAAAUUAAUAAUAAUUCAAACCCAACUACAUCUAUUUUUAAUUACAAAAGAAGUAGAAAAAAUAAAAAGUGCUCAUGCAGCUAUAGUUAGUGUUUAUAAUUUAAAAAAUAAUAUUACUGAAUUUGUAAUAAAAGAUAUUAUAAUCCAAAAACAUAAUACAGUCACAAAUCAUAUAAAUAAUAUUAAUAGAGAUAUUAAUAAAUAUUUAAUACAUAAUAAGCUUUCUAAAUCAAUAAUUGAUACUAGUAUGAAUAAUAUUUUUAAUCAAUAA